AUGUCCGGAGAGACUUUUGCUUGCGUGGCGCUUGUCAUCACGGCGGUGGCGGCGUUCAUGUAUAUUGUCAUUAUGGGGCCCUCGCGUUACCACCGCGAUGGUGUCGUUGGGCGUAUGUAUUUUUGCUUAAUGGACUGUCCGACGGCCUGUUGUGGGUGUUUUUGUGGUAUAUGUUUUGGUUGUAGCUACCGACGAGGAAGACAGAAGUGGACACGGUGUUCAGACCACACAUUUCGGGAGCGUAACUGGUUCAUGGUUAUCUUUUACAUUUUACUGGUGUGGUCUGUUGAGUUUCUGUAUCUUUUCAUUGCCCUACCGGAGCUGCAGGUUUCAAUAUGGUCCAAGUUGAUUUCAUAUGGUCUUGUGAUGGUCUCCGAGGGAUUCUACGCCCUGGCGGUCUUUUCUGACCCCGGCAUUGUCACAUCACGUGAGGAGAAGGAGGCGCAACAAUUUGCCUUUGCAGCACCUCCUGCGAAGAAUAAAAAACACAAGAAAAAACGAGGCGAGGAGAAUGCUGCCGCCAGUAGCUGUGACCAUGUCACCAAGCAUACCUAUGCCCAUAGUGAUACUACGAUGGGGAAUGGAGAGAAAUGGCGAAAAGGUAAGAUGCGUCAGUUUCUCCUUUCCCCGGAAGCGGAGGCACGGCAGAACCGGAAGUACAUCGUGGAUGGUAUCCUCUAUGCGAUGGACGGUAGUAGUGUAGGGGGGAAUACCGCCAGGAAUCCCUCAUCCUCAUCCUCCGCGUUGUCAUCCAUAACGACGACAGCCACUGGACUAGAAUGCAGCACGUGUCAUGUUCCCCGUCCAAGUCGUAGUAAACACUGUCGGUUAUGUGAUUACUGCGUGCGCCGCUACGAUCAUCAUUGUCCAUGGAUCAACAAUGAUGUCGCCGAAGGCACACAUCGCUGGUUUCUUCUUUUUAUUAUUUGUCAUGCAAUUUCCUGCUUUUGGGCAACAUGGGACAUGUACGCUGUUAUGAAGGCAUUUUUGGUACAAAACCGUGCGUGGGGAUGGUCCAUAACGCUUACCAACGGCCUGCCGUACUUCCUGACCCCAAUAGACUAUUUAAUCAUCCUUGUGACGUAUCAAACAAUCGCCGCUUGUCUUUUUUUCUUUUCAUCCAUGAUUGGACUGGUGCUAUUAAUUUUUGGGGUCUAUCAGAUGUCCUUUGUUUUUGACAAUUUGACAAUGAAUGAUAUGGGUAAAAUUGAUGAUGCAAUCACAUUUGUCUUGUCGCUUCCAUCGCUGGACGAGGUGUACCGUGAGGCGAUGAACGUGUGGCAAUGUCUUGAGGUUGUCGCGGCGCGACCGCCCCGCAAACUUCGGCAGCUGAAGCCGCCACCACCAGAUUUUGUGCCGGGUAGUCGUGGGGAUAAGUCAUACAGGAAAAAGGUGCAAAAGAUGCUCUACAGUGACCUCAAGGGUCUAUUUGACCGUGGGGUGUGGAACAACCUGGUGGAGGUAUUCUUCCCCUAUAGCCACGAGAGAAAAAGGGACCGUGUAGGGAGGACGGAAGGAGAACGGAGGAUGAAAUAUGAGUAG